AGUUAGGGCAUGCAAUGGCGACGGCAUUCACGGCAAUGGAGGUAGGCCUCGUGUAGACUGUCAUUGAUCGGAGAAAUGGCUCCUGGAGCGAAUCCAAAGGAGAAGCCUCGAUCGAAGAAGAAGAAGGUAGCUCAGGAAUUAGAGAAUGGAGCUCUAGAGGAGGCGCCGAAGCAGAAAACGAAGAAAACGAAGAAAGUUGACGAUGCAAGUGAGACGCCGAUAGCUGGGGACGGAGAUUCAUGCUUGGGGAAGCCUUCCAAAUCUAGGAAGAAGGCCAGGAAGAGCACGGAGGCUGAGGCCGAGCAGGAUCAAGACGCUGAGGUGCCAAGGAAGAACAAGGCAAAGAAAGGAAAGAGUGAAAAGGCAGAGAGUAAGGAUGCCAAGCAGAGUAUAGCUGAGGAUGUAGAGCACGAUCGAAAGGAGGGGGAAGAACAGGUUGCUAAGCAGCCGGAGGUACCAAAAAAGAAGAAAUCAAAGAAAAGGACAGAGGAGUCUUCUGAGCAAGCCAAUUCUGCUGAGGAAGUAGAGCCGGGGGUACCAAAAACAAAGAAGAAGAUGGAAGAGGCUGCCACCAAUGCUGAGGAAGGAGAGCUGGAGGUACCAAAAAAGAAGAAAACGAAGAUCAAGAUGGAGGAGAAGGAAGAGGCUGCUAAGCAAGACAAUGCUGAGCCGGAGGUCCCGAAGAAGAGGACAAAGAAAAGGAUGGAGAAGGAAGAGGUUGCUAAGCAAGCCAUUGCUGAGGAAGUAGAGCCUGAGGUUCCAGAUAAGAUGAAAACGAAGAUGGAGGAGAGCGAUGAAGCUGCUAAGCAGGUUAAAGUCGAUGAAGUAGAAACCGUUGCUCGUGUGCAAAAGAAAAGGAAGGCGAAGAAGGCCAAAGAGGAGAGCGAGCAGGUCCCCGAGGAGGCCACCAUCGCACCUAGAAGUGGAGAGGUAGCAGAGUCAAAGGAUAAAGAGAAAAUGCCGAUGGAGGUGAGUGACGACGCUACGAAGCAGGUUAAAGUCGUUGCGCAGGUGCCAAAGAAAAAGAAGGCAAAGAAGACCAAAGAGGAUAGGGAGCGGGUCCCCGAGGAGGUCGGAAGUGGAGAAGUAACAGAGUCAAAGGAUAAAGCGCAAAAGAAGAACGAAGAGGACUGUGACAAAAAGCAGACCAAGCAGCGCGUUGGUGAUGACGAACUAAAGCAUGACGGGAAGCCGAAAAAGAAGAAAACAAAGGAGGGGGCCUCGAGCAGUGCUCCCGAGCUUGCAGAGACGAAUUCGAUGAAGGAGCCCGAGGUUGCCAAAGAGGUGCCGAAGAAAAAGAAGCGAAAAACUGGAGGUGAGAAGCCGAAUGUACCGGAGGUUGACGAGCCCAAAGAAAAGAACUCGGAAAUUGACGGGGAGUCUGACGUGCUCGAGCACGCAGAGAAGGCCAAUGAGAGCAAGGAGAACACAGAUGGUGAUAUUGCAUCGCAGCACGACACUGAGCGGAAGAGAAAAAAGGCAAAGAAGGAGCGUGAGAGUGGUGGAAAGAAGUCGAAGAAGAGUCCUGAUACUGAGACUGAGGCGGAGCCUGAGAAACAGAAGAAGGUGAAGAACACUGACGAGACGAAGAGCCUAGUCGAGAGUUCGGAGCUUGCGGGCAUACCGAAAACAAAGAAGUCGAGAAAGGCGAAAGAGGAUGGCAACGGAAAUGCGAACGCUGGCAGCAUGCCACUCGAGAACCCAGAGCCUGAGGCACCGGCGAAGAAAAGGAAAGCAAAGAAGGGGACGGAAAAGAACGAGGAAGAGAAACCACUGAAGGAGUGCUCUGCGACUGUGCCACCCGAAGAGCCAGAGGUCCCGAAAGUGGAAGAUGAAUCUUCUGACAAGCGUAGCAAAAAACGAGGUCGUGCAGCGGAUCAAAACGGCAGCGAGUCUGACAGUAAGAAGCCGAAAGCUUUCCAGAGAGUGGAUUCCUCGCAAGUCGAGUUUGUAGAUUCCAGGCUCCAAGACAAUUCAUACUGGGCAAAGAGUGGUGCUGAGACGGGAUGGGGUGCCAAGGCCCAGGAAGUUCUCGGUCAAGUGAGAGGAAGGGGCUUUCGACACGAGAAAACGAAGAAGAAGCGUGGAUCUUACCGUGGUGGUACCAUCGAUGGAGCUUCACACUCCAUCAAGUUUGACUAUGAGGAUUAAAGAGACCUAUCGGAAUUGUAUGGUACUUAGUACCAAAUUUUUUGGAAUAUGCUCGUCUCUUUGAGCGCCAA